AUGACUGUUAUAAAGGAUAAAUAUGGGCAGAUCCGUUAUUAUGCAGAUCUUAGCGACAAGAACAUGUUCAUACUAUUGCACAAAGAUUGGAAGCACUACCCGCGAAUCGAUCGCUACUAUGUGCUGAAAGUGUUUUGGCCCAGGCCGAAAGAGUCUAAUCAGCACUACCUGAGACGAAUACAGUCUGAGUUCUCAGUAGCCUCCUCACUGCACCAUGACAACAUCGUCGACACAUUUGAAGUCCUGCCUAUAGGUCACGGCCACAGGUGCUUGUGCAUGGAAUAUUGCGCCGGUGGGGAUGUGCAUUCCCUCAUUGUUGCAGCAGGAAAACUACAGAAAGAAGAGGCGGAUUGUUUCUUCAAGCAAUUAAUACACGGGGUAACUUACCUACAUGAAGAAGGCAUUUCACAUCGGGAUUUGAAGCCCGAAAAUCUCCUUCUCACCCGAGAUGGCUGCCUUAAGAUUUGCGGUUUCGAUUACGUCGAACGUUUUUAUAAUGAUCAAGAAAACAAAUUCUACUUGUCGACAGGAUACUGCGGCUCCGCUCCAUACAUUUCACCCGAGCAAUAUUUAAAUACAGAAUUCGACCCGAGACGUGUUGACAUAUGGGCCGCUGCUAUCAUCUAUAUCGUUAUGAGGACAGGACGUAACCGGUGGAAUGCUGCAACAAACGAAGACGAAUACUUUAAAGACUAUAUGAAUGAGCGAACAUUUGGAAGAAGAACGUCAUUUCUUGAGGAUAUUUGUUAUGGACACAGCCUCAGCAUCAUAUACGCGAUGCUCAGUAUCCAUCCAGAAGGCCGACCCGCGGCAUCCGCAAUUCUCACUUCUUGUUGGUUUCGGGAAAUCCAGAGUUGCAAGGUCUGUCAAUGA